GAUCUUCAUACAUGUAUCGGGAUAGGGAGCAAAUCGAAAAACCACCAUUCUAGAAUGAUUACCGAGUUCGGAUCUCUCACCGUGUUCUGGACAACGCACAAUCCCCGUGGCCUUUCUUCAAAGGACACGUUCAUGGCGAAGUACUGCGACGACCAAGCGAAGCUCAUUGGAACGGUGGACCAGAGCGAGGCUCAGAAGUGCGGCCCUCCCCCGUCUUCACAGGUAUGAUAAUUUCUGGACUCGGGCGUGGUUCACAUUUGAGGCCUUUGUGGUAAAGGAAAUGGAGAAUGCCUUUGGGAUAUGGACGGGAAACGAAUACACACUUUUGAACGAUCGUGGGCUCUCGAUAUAUGGCGAAUUCCAGGGAAGCCAACUUAUCUGGGCAUCAUUCGUGCUGUGGAUGAAUAUCGGCCAGCAAGCGCUCACUGUGGAUCAGUUGUUGAUGCCCUGGUAAGUACAGUACAGCAAUGCCU